CCAGCUUUGUCAGCCGACCUGGCUCAGAAAAAUAAUGGGUGGAGGAUAUUCCUCUCUUGCCUUUCUUCUGCCACUGAAGGCAUUUGCUCCUUUCUGGAAAAUACCACUUGAUAAGGUGGGGGGUGUGUGUGUAUUGGAAUUGGAGAAAGAGGAAUAAUAAUAAGACCACCAUUUCUGGGAUGAAUAUUUUUUCUUCCCUAGGAAAACUGUUCUGGCUCCCUGGCUGCUUGGGAGCCCGGCCCUAGGAAAAGGGCGGGGGACCCAUUGCUGCAAAUUGCCCCCAAGCCCUUCGGGGUACCUGAGCCGUCCUUGAAAAUGCCAGCGGCUGUGUCGGCUGGUGGUGGCUCCGAAGAAGAGGCCAAGGCUAGCAGCGGUCUGGGCACCCGGUUUGGGUGGAACUUGGACGUAGUAACGUUGUCUAUAUAUACCCUGUAGAACCGAAUUUGUGUGGUGUCCACAUAGUCACAGAUUCGAUUCUAGGGGAAUAUAUGGUCGAUGCAAAAACUUCACUUUUCUCCAAAAAUAGCCUGAGUCAGAAGGAGAGGCCAGAAACAGUCGGGGCGGGUCAACCACCUCUUUCUCUCUCAUCACGUUGGACCCCAGGAUGAUGAGAGGAUUGACUGAGCCUGGUGACACAGAGCACCCUUUUCUUCACGAAGCACCUCGCCUAUCUACAGAGGCUCCCUGGAAACCCCUAAUUGGUUGCAGGAAUUCGGAGCCGAAGGGCUAGGGUUUGGAGGACUGGGGAGUGCGGUGGGAGGCUAGGUAGCCCCAGCUCUGCCCCCAAGGAGCGUGAGGUUGGAAGGUGCCCACUGAGGGGCUCACUGGCCUUUGACUGCCCCGUGAGAAGGAGGUGAGCUGGAAAGCAGGAGUGCAGGGUCCUUUUGGGGUCCGUUUGGAUGGCGGGGUACCCUCGCCAUCUUCCUGGCACACCUCUUCGCUUCAGGGGGCCGAGGCAAUGGGAACCUCCUGCCAUACCUGCGAGGCCUGGCUUUGGCUAGAAAUGCCCCAGCGUGGACACUCACAGAACGCUGGGCGGUUACUCAUUGCCGAGAUUGAUGCAGGCCAGCCAGAUCGUAGUAACUUUUGGGUGACCCUGACGAAGACAAAGCCGGGACUGAGCCUUUGUAUGUAUGGCAGAGUCCCCGUUCCGCGGCUAGGGGCUGGCGGGAGCUCUGCCUGCUGGGGUAUUCUGCCCAACUCUGCCACCGCCGCCUCACCCACCUGCCUUCUGGUGCCUACACUCCCACAGAUACCCGGAUUCAGUCCACUUUGAGCUGUGCCCACUUUGGGGGGCUGUUUUCUGGCGGGUCGCUGAGUGGAGAGGGCACACUGGAGGUUAGCAAAGUCUGGGGCAGACAAAAGCUGGGAUCACUUUGCGGGGGGGAGGGAAUGAGGGUGCUGAGGGUUAGAAGCACAUUCCCAUCUCUUGAGGGCCCUCGGAUGUGCCGCAGCGAGUCACUUGAUUACACGUAUGUUAUUUAGUUAAAUUUGCGAAAAUUAUGAGAUGCUCACCAACCCGGUGAUAAACUGGCUCCCUCGCCAUUGGCUGGCCCGGUCACAUGGCCGCCAACUUUAUUCAGUUGACAGCAAGUAGGAGGGCCCUAUGGCAGGAGAAAAAAAGACAACACGAGAAAAAUUAGUAUUUUCUACCUUCCGAAAUUAAUGGCCAUGAGUUCGUAUAUGGUGAACUCCAAGUAUGUGGACCCCAAGUUCCCUCCCUGCGAGGAGUAUCUGCAGGGCGGCUACCUAGGCGAGCAGGGAGCCGACUACUACGGCGGCGGCGGCGGCGGCGCCCAGGGCUCUGACUUCCAGCCCCCGGGGCUCUACCCGCGGCCCGACUUCGGGGAGCAGACCUUCGGCGGCGGCGGCCCGGGGCCCGGCUCGGCGCUGCCCACGAGGGGUCCCGCGCAGGAGCCGGCGGGCCACUACGGCGCCCCGGGAGAGCCGUGCCCCGCGCCCCCCGCGCCCCCGCCCGCGCCCCUGCCCGGCGCCCGGGCCUGCAGCCAGCCGGGCGGCCCCAAGCAGCCGCCCCCGGGGACGGCGCUCAAGCAGCCGGCCGUGGUGUACCCCUGGAUGAAGAAGGUGCACGUGAAUUCUGUGAACCCCAACUACACGGGCGGGGAGCCCAAGCGGUCCCGGACGGCCUACACCCGGCAGCAAGUCCUAGAACUGGAAAAGGAAUUCCAUUUUAACAGGUAUCUGACGCGGCGCCGUCGGAUCGAAAUCGCUCACACCUUGUGUCUGUCCGAGCGCCAGAUCAAGAUCUGGUUCCAGAACCGGAGGAUGAAGUGGAAAAAGGACCACAAGCUGCCCAACACCAAAGGCAGGUCCUCAUCCUCCUCCUCGUCCUCCUGCUCCUCCUCCUCCUCGGCUGCCCCAGCCCAGCAUUUGCAGCCGCUGCCCAAGGACCACCACACGGACCUGACGGCCUUAUAGAAGCAGGGACCCUGGGCCCAUCCUUGCCUGCGCUCCCGGCUGAGCCGAAGCCGCGGGGGCAGGCCCGGCCUGCUGCCACCUCGCUGGGCUCUAAGGUACUGUAGGGUGGACCUGGGACGUGCAGGCCGUCCUUGGACUAGGUUAGCAUCCUGCCCGAGGGCAGCCCCCUACCCGGAGCGGGUGUGGGGGUGGGAGGAGGAUGGGAUUCUCUCUCUCUCUCUCUCUAAGUAUAUUAUCAUAUGGCAGGAGCUACUGAGAACAGUAAAACCUUGGCCAGUCAUUAAACUCAUGAAAAUCUCCGCUGUUGGAUUUUGAAUUUACAAAUGAAGGUUGAAUGCUUUACCCCAGUGUGAAUUUGAACAUCCUCCCCCACCCCCACCUCUCCAGGGAUCGCUGUGGUUUAUAAUGUGGGGGAGUUGAGGCAGCAGGUUAGCCACCCCUGUGCGAGGUGCUUUCAGUGGAAGCAGGAGAGCUGUGCCAGGAUUUCUGAACUUUCUAGGUUGUCUAUAUAAUUUCCAGGGUGAAAUUAUAUAUAUAUAUAUCGUUCCCACUGGCCCAUGCCCAAAGAAAUGAGUCUAAGAAGGAAGUGGAAACGGGUUAUUUUGUGUUUAGAUGAUAUUUGCUUAAAUAUUUAUUUGUUGGGGAAUGGGGUGCAGAAAUAACUGACAUCUUAAUGCCAAAAGCCUUAAGAUGGUGAAAGGGGCCAAAUUUCAGGGGACGGAAUCAGAGACGUGGACUUACUUCAGGCUGUAACUGGCAUUCUGAACCCCACCCCCUCCCCAUUCCCCGGAAAUGUGUGGAGGGGCCCUUAACCCUUCUAGAGGGAAGCAAAGAGUCCACUCUGAGUUGCAUUCUUGAAAAUAUAUCUCCACAUGUGCUUUUUUUCCCCCCAGCACUGUGCUACAACCAGUAUUAAAGGUUGUUAAAGGAAAGGGGGGAAAAGAAAGAAACAAAUGGUCCAACAUUUUCCUUCUGGGGAAAGAAAACAAAACCUCUGUUCUGGGUCAUUUGAUAAUGACCGAAUUUUCUGUUCCAACUGGAUUCCAAAUGCCCAAACAGCCCACAGAGCAGUAUUUUAUAGGAACUGGUGUAUGGCCUAUUUGGGAGAAGGAGGUGUGCAGUGGGAAGAAAGUGGGAAGUAGAGGAAGUCUUAAUUUAAAAAG